UUUUUUUUCUGUAUUUUACAUUGGACAAACAGAUUAUUGCCUUGUACAAGUAUAUGGCAGGAUCGAAUGUUUUGUUUAUCAUGUAGAAAGCUAACUUUUGCUCAUCUUGGAAAGUCCAUGUCUUCUGUAAAUAAUAGUUUAUCACUUUUUAAAUGAAUAAUAGUAAUUCUAUAUUAAUCAAUUUUCUGUUAUGCAAAUAAUGAGCAGUCAGCCUGAGCAGCCAAAGAAUGUGUCAGAGCAACCAGAAGUAGGUGGUGAGCCUGCUGCUUCCAGUAGCGUGGAUGAUUUUUGGGUCCCAGAUGAGAUUGAAGUGGAUCCCAAUCGCAACCUCCCUAAAACAACCACCAGAGAUGAUGUUUCUUUUGUGAGGCCCCCUGCUGAUCUUCUUGUUUUUGAAGGUGAUGGCCUAGAUGCCACAGGUGAUGGCGGGAGUCUUGAAUCAUAUACGCUAGCCACGAGUUAUAUCUACAAAGAUUUUCUUCUACUAAAUCCAUGUGAUGCUGCGGCAGUUGAUGACUAUCUAAAAGGGGAUGAUGAAGUCGAUAAAGGGCAGGAUGGAGGUAACAGGGGCAGCUCUUGGCCGUUUGAAUCAUGCAAGAAUUUUCCUGCACCCACAAAACAGUCUGGCGGAUCUGCCCACAACUUAUCAGUUGGAAGAAGCCAUAAUGUAAACUUGCAUCAAUCUCCUUAUGAUGAUCAUGGCUUUGGCUUUAACAAUCCUCAUUCUCCACCCUGCAAUAUCCACGAAAGUGACGAUGAUGAAUUUGCAGUAGAGGGUAGAAGUCCACUUGGACAUAUGGAUGAUUCAGACGAUGAGGAUGAUCCAUGGAAACCUUUGAAUCCCAAUGAACCGGGAAAUUUGGAAGCCAAACCUUUCAGGAAAGUUGAAGCUUCCAUAUGGAAUAUCGGAAACUCUAGCAAACAAGUUUCCGUAACUACAGACUUUCCUGAAGCCAGCUUGGAUGGUCCCAUUAGUGCUGAUCUUACUCAAAUAUGGGAAGCACUACGUCGUGAUAGAGAAGACCAGCAGCAACCUCAGUCUCCUCCAUUUUAUGAAAAGCUGCGACAGUCUCUUGUUCUUGGAGGGCUAGAAAAGUUUGACGCACAUCCUAAAUCUAAGGAUGGUGACGAAGACAGUGUCGGAGGCUAUAACAGCGAGGACAAUGAGUUUGAACCUCCUAUCUUUGACAUGGCAGAAGGUGCAUAUAUAAAUGAUGAUAUACCUGUACCUUCGAAUAUGCAUGAAGAUGGCAGUGAUCAUGAAGCUAACGCUCAUGAGCACGAAAAUCCAAUCCCUGAAGAUCUUUGUCACUCUCACCUGAAUUCUCUUCUUGGAAACAUGAGGUUAAGUGAGAUGCAGACUGACUCAGAUGCUCGCAUAUCAGCGUGGAAGCAGAGUAUUGAGCAGGAUCUGGAGGAGCAUGAUACACGGCCUGCAUUUGAUGUAGAUGACUACGGCGAAAGGGUGUUAGAUACGUUGUCCAGGUCGUUCGACAAUGAAAGUGCAAUGUCCUUCGCAGAUGUGGUCAGGGGACAGGAAAAGCAUGACGUGGCUCGAUCAUUUUCUGCAAUCCUGCAACUGAUGAACAAUGGCAACGUCGAUCUGCAGACGUCAGCCACUACCGAGAAGGAGGCCACAUGUUAUACAGCAGAGAAACCCUUUUCUGUCAAACUUCUAAGGCCUGCAAAGAGACGACAUGACGCCCAGCUCGGAUCAUCACAAAAGAGAUCUUUGCCUGAAACAAAAAAUGGGGAGUCGGAGGACGAGAGUGGCGACUCGGGAGAAGAAAAUCGUGAUCCGUCAGUAUCUCAGCCUCAAUAAUUGACAUCUCAUAUUUUUUUCCUUUAUGAUCUCAUAUCUCAGACUAGGAGAAGCUAGUGCCCUGCAUUAAACUCUUUAAGUAGCAGAGCCAGCCAUAGUUUUUUUUUCCUUUCAUUAUAAUGCUUCUUUUCCUUUACUUUUUUUUGUAAGAAGAAAUCAUGCCAUCAGUAUCAACAUUUAUGUAUGUAUACAAUACAAGUACAACCUUCUUAGUAAUAUGACUCAGUUAUGCAUUGAAUUU